AUGGCCGAAUUCCAAUCACGAGCCAGCUUUGGCUUUCGUUUCGUUCUGCGUUGGCUCUUGUCAAUCCUGCUUCUCGUGAGCACGUUUACUUGUACUGCCUCCGCCAGCACUGGCUCUUCCGUGCAUCACAGCCCCCUCACGGGCGACGUGGUCAACUUCUUUGGCAAGGUGCCGGCGUCCAACAAUGCCACCGGCCGUGCCAACGCCACGGCCAGCCGCAAUCGGUACCUGCCGCCACCCAGCAAGGACGCCUGGUACGCGCCGCCGGCCGGAUGGGAAUCGACGAAGCCGGGCACCGUCCUGCGCACACGGCCCCAUGCCUACCCGACAAUCAACAUCCGCAACGCCGUCGACACGUUCCAGGUGCUGUACCGCACGUCGGACAGCCACAGCAAUGCGUCGUGGUCGGUGGCCACAGUGUUCAUCCCCAAAUCGCACGCCAACUGCGUGCUGAAUACGACGUCGCCGGCCUACAAUGCCAAUGCGUGCGCGCACGCCCUGGUGGCGUACGAGGUGCCGUCGGACAGCGCCGACCCGGACGCGGCGCCGAGCUACCUGCUGCAGAUGCGCGAGCCGUAUGGCGAGAUGCGCGACAUGCUGGCGCGCGGGUGGUUUGUGCUGGUGCCGGACUACGAGGGGCCCAACGCCAGCUUCUGCGCGGGCGUCCAGGCCGGGCAUGCGACGCUCGAUGCGACGCGGGCCGUGCUGAGCCUGGCGGGGCCGCAGCUGGGGCUCCGGACGGACGCGGUCAAGGUCGGGCUGUGGGGGUACAGCGGCGGCGCGUUUGCGGCCGAGUUUGCGGCGGAGCUGGCGGCGACGUAUGCGCCCGACCUGCGGAUCGACGCGUCGGUGAUUGGCGGCUCGUCGCCGAACCUGACGACGGUCGACGAGCGCAUGAACGCCAAGGACACGGCGGGGCUGGUGGUGACGUCGAUCCUGGGCAUCACGGUGCAGCAGCCGGAGGCGCGCGCGUUCUUGCUGCAGCAGCUGCACCCCACGGGGCCGUACAACAAGACGACGUUUCUGAACGCGACGACCAUGACGGGCGCGGACGCGCUCGACGCGUACUCGGGCCAGAACGUGUUUGACUAUUUCGUCAACGGGCGCAGCGACUGGGCCAACCCGGCGAUGCAGGACGUGAUCAAUGCGGACGCCGUCAUGGGGCUGCACGGCGUGCCGCGCAUGCCGAGCUUCUACUACAAGGCGGCGCACGACGAGAUGAGCCCCGUCGACGAGACGGCCGAGAUUGUCACGUCGUUUUGCCGGCAGGGGGCCAACAUUCUGUUCCACCGCAACACCGUGGGCGGCCACAACGACGAGCUCUGGAGCGGGCGGCUGCGCGCGCUGGACUAUCUGUCGGCCAAGCUGGACGGCGCCGUGCCGGCGGACAGCACCAGCAACCUGACGAUUCCGGCGACGGGCUGCGCGACCGUCGAUGUGACGAUCGCGCUGGACCCGCUGUACCUGCUGCCGGACUGGUGGUGGACGGAGGGCCCGGGUGCGGGUCUGGGCUUGAUGGGGGCUGGUUAG